AUGGCAAUUCAACGAAGAUUUGAAAAUUUAUCUGAUGAUGUUACUGAACAAUUACAGAAUGCUGCUGCCAAAUUUUCAGUACUUUUCUCUAGCAGCUGGAUGAGUCAACAGAUAUUACUUCAACAGCUCGGUUUCAUUUGUUUGUCAGAGGAAUUUCUGAAAAUUUUGAGUAUCACUACCGAUGGAGCUCCAGCCAUGAUUGGAAUUCAGAAUGGCAUGGUGAUUCUCCUGGGAAACCAUUUGGAUGAUAGAGGAAAAGAUUUGCUUGGGCAAUUUAAGGAAAUCCUAGAACACCCAGAUGCACCACGUAGUGAUCUUGUGUAUUACUCUGGAGUUAGAUGGUUGAGCCAUGGAGAGGCUUUGAAAAGGUUUGCUGAUUUGAUUGAUGAAAUAAUACCAUUCAUUGAAGGAAAGGGCAAGCAAACUAGGAUUUUAAAGGAACCAUCUUUCAAGUGUGACUUGGCAUUUUUAGUGGAUGUGACAGCCCAUCUGAAUGACCUAAACAAAAAAUUGAUGGGGAAAACCAAUUCAUCAAUCACCUGGCGAAUGAAAUACAGUAGAAGUCCAGAAAUUUGCAAAGCUUGGGACCAGCGGGAUCCAUUUUCUGUUGUGAAAGAAGCUGCAGAAGAUUUUCAAAUAGAACUUAUCGAUUUACAAAAUUCUGACUUAUGCAAAUCCAGAUUCUGUGAUUUAGAUAUUCUGGACUUUUAUAGAACUCUACCUGCCGAAUUUUUGUGCUUAAAAAAUAAUGCAAGCAGAUGUGCUAGCAUGUUUGGUAGUACUUAUAUAUGUGAACAAACAUUUUCUCUUAUGAAUCUAAAGAAGUCAAAAUUAAGAAAUAAACUGACAGAUCAGCACGUGCAAUCUAUCGUAAUACGUGAUGUUGAAAAUUAUCGUUUCACUGUAAGCAGUAGUUCAGAAGAUGAAGAUGAAAAUCAGAGUAUAAUCUCAGAAGCUUCUGGAUCAAGCACUCGUGAAGAAAAUUCUGAAAAACUGAAUGGAAAACAUGAUUUAGAAAUAACUGAUGAGCAACAUGAUGGGUCUUUAAGAAAGAAAAGUAGAUUAUUUAGACCUCCAACUAUAAAUAAAGAAGACAUUAUAAGAUUUGUGGAGGAUGCGAAGAAACAGUCUAUGUACGGAUCUGAUAAUCACAAUGAUGAAUCCAAUGAAGAUGAAAAAAACAAGAAAGAAAAUUUGCGAUCCAGCAGUAAAACUAAACAAAGGAAACAUCAUAGAUAUAGAUCAAGUGAUUCAGAUUCAGGUGGCAAAAUAAAAAUUAAAUAUCCAAGAGAAAGGUCACCAUGCAGCAGUAAAACUAGAUAUAAAUAUUACCCAGAGGAUGCUUCAGUGUAUGGUGAAUCAUCACGUAGCCUGUCAGGGGCUCGAUCUGUGUAUGACGAUGAUGGAGAAUCUGUAUAUCGAGGUUUUGGUAGCUAUUUUUGUGAGGCUUGUCAACUCAAUUUAAAUAGUGAAGUUACAUUCCAAACCCAUAUGGAAGGGAAACGACAUAAAAAGAAUGAGAAACACUUGGAAGAAUUAGCAUUAACAUCAAUUGCUGACAAGAUGCCUGAUAAGCUGUUGCAAGCGUCUGGUCAAGCACAGCGUUAUCCUGUGAAUGAAAGAUCUGUUGUUCAGAAUGUUAUUGAUGAUCAAGAGUAUCCAUGCCCAGGAGUGUCAUACGUCACUGAAACUAGAAUGCAGAAUGGGCCACCAUCGUAUAAGUGUAAUUUGUGUGAUGCACAAUUAAGUAUUCAAACUUUAAUGCCACAUUUGAAAGGUUUUAAACAUCUUCUUGCAUGUCUGGAACGCUAUGAAUAUUCUACAUAUAGAAGACUCAAGGACCGAAAACGCUCUCAUGUUGAGGAAGUUUUAAGGGAGGCACUCGAAAGAAUUGAACACAUCCACGGAAGAGGAGUCGUUCGUGUAGAAGAAGAAUUGCAGGAAACUGAACCAAGUUAUGAUGAAAUGAUUGAUGAAGCUGGUAUUGAUCCAUCUCGACCAGAUUUCUAUUGUGCAUUGUGUGAUGCACAUAUGAAUAAUAAAAAUAUGUGGCAAGCACAUAUUACGGGCAAAAGGCAUUUAAAGAACAUGAGAAAGCAAGCUAUGAGUCCAGCUCAGAAGAGCAGUGAACAGACUAAAAUUUCUAGUAAACCUGCAAAAUUGAUGAGUUCUUUAGCAAAAAUUGAUGAACCAAUUGUUGGACUUGAUUAUAUUCGAGAAACGCAGAUCCCUGGCAUUGGCGAAAAUUAUAGUUGUUUCCUAUGUGGAGCUAGCUGCUCUUCAAAGGAUAUAAUUGAACAUCUUCUGCUUACUAAGCAUAGGAGAAAAUAUCUGGAGAUCAUAAAGCAUCCAGAUUUCCAGUUGAUCUCUUCACUGCAAAUGUCAACAACUUCAAAAGAUCCUCUAAUUAUAGAAGCAUGCAGAAAAGCUUUAUUGCAGCAUGGACCUGGAAAAAUAGAAGUGGUCAUAAAGCAUUCUUAGUUUGAACUCUUAGAUUUUGUAUUCUAAUUUCUUUAAAUCCUAAGGUGAUGAAUGAAAUUUACAUUAAUUUUUUUUCAGUAUUUUUAUUUAAUUUUUUGAAAAGAAUGUAUGUUAAUUAUGUAUGGCUCUUUCAUGUAUUUCUUGUUAUUGACCGUGACAAGAAUGAUAGUGUUUUGCUAAUAAAAUAUUAUGAAAUCAUUUAAGACAGA